CUCCGCCCGCACCCCGCACUUGCGCCCGCGCCCGCGCCCUCCGCCGCAGCCGGUCCUCCAGCCUUCUUCACAGCAAAAUGUUGCGCGCCGCCGCGGUCGCCGCCGCCGACCUUGGGCCCCGCCUUGGCUGCCGCUUGUUGUCCGUUGGGGCCGCCCAGGCAAUCCCGACCCCCAACCAGCAGCCUGAGGUCUUCUAUAACCAGAUCUUCAUAAACAAUGAAUGGCACGAUGCAGUCAGCAAGAAAACGUUCCCCACAGUCAACCCAUCCACUGGGGAGGUCAUCUGUCAGGUAGCAGAAGGGAACAAGGAAGACGUGGACAAGGCCGUGAAGGCUGCCCGGGCCGCCUUCCAGCUGGGCUCGCCCUGGCGCCGCAUAAAUGCAUCAGAAAGGGGCCGGCUGCUGUACCGCCUGGCUGAUCUCAUCGAGCGGGACCGGACCUAUCUGGCAGCCUUGGAGACCCUGGACAAUGGGAAGCCCUAUGUCAUCUCCUACCUGGUGGACUUGGACAUGGUCUUGAAAUGCAUCCGGUAUUAUGCCGGCUGGGCAGAUAAGUACCAUGGGAAAACCAUUCCAAUUGAUGGAGACUUCUUCAGCUACACUCGCCAUGAGCCCGUGGGGGUGUGUGGGCAGAUCAUUCCGUGGAACUUCCCACUCCUGAUGCAAGCAUGGAAACUGGGCCCAGCCUUGGCGACUGGAAAUGUGGUUGUGAUGAAGGUUGCUGAGCAGACGCCUCUCACUGCACUCUAUGUGGCCAGCCUAAUCAAGGAGGCUGGCUUCCCUCCUGGUGUGGUCAAUAUUGUUCCUGGAUUUGGCCCCACGGCUGGGGCUGCCAUCGCCUCCCAUGAAGACGUGGAUAAAGUGGCAUUCACAGGGUCCACCGAGGUUGGCCAACUCAUCCAGGUGGCUGCGGGGAGCAGCAACCUCAAGAAAGUGACACUGGAGCUGGGGGGAAAGAGCCCCAACAUCAUCAUGUCGGAUGCCGAUAUGGACUGGGCCGUGGAACAGGCCCACUUUGCCCUGUUCUUCAACCAGGGCCAGUGUUGUUGUGCCGGCUCCCGGACCUUUGUGCAGGAGAACGUUUAUGAGGAGUUUGUGGAGCGAAGUGUUGCCCGGGCCAAGGCUCGGGUAGUUGGGAACCCCUUUGACAGCCAGACAGAGCAGGGGCCGCAGGUAGAUGAAACUCAGUUCAAGAAGAUCCUUGGCUACAUAAAAUCCGGGAAGGAAGACGGUGCAAAGCUGCUGUGUGGUGGAGGGGCCGCUGCUGACCGUGGCUAUUUCAUCCAGCCCACUGUGUUUGGAGACGUGCAAGAUGGCAUGACCAUCGCGAAGGAGGAGAUCUUCGGGCCAGUGAUGCAGAUCCUGAAGUUCAAGACCAUCGAGGAAGUUGUUGGGAGAGCCAACAAUUCCAAGUAUGGGCUGGCUGCAGCUGUCUUCACAAAGGACAUAGACAAGGCCAAUUAUGUGUCCCAAGCCCUCCAAGCCGGCACCGUGUGGGUCAAUUGCUACAAUGUGUUUGGGGCCCAGUCCCCCUUUGGUGGUUAUAAGAUGUCUGGGAGUGGCCGGGAGCUGGGGGAGUAUGGCCUGCAAGCGUACACCGAAGUGAAGACCGUCACAGUCAAAGUUCCUCAGAAGAACUCAUAAAGAACCAAGCAAGCUUCCUUCCCCACCUACCUCUGGAAGGUCCAUGGAGAUCAGCAGAGAAGCCAAGAAAAACCACCCUUGUACAUUGAGAGCCUCCCACAAAAUCUCACAGUCAAGAAAUUCAGUUGACACUGAUGGAGAGAAGGGAAUGUGGAAAGCUUUUUGUUUUUGUUUUUUGGUACCGGGGAUUGAAUUUAGGACCUUCCACUUUUGAGGCAGGUGGUGGAACCACUGAGCUAAAUCCCCAGCCCAGUGGAAAACUUUUAAAAACUGCAGUAGUACAACUUGCUGUCAGUGAUUUCUUUAAAAAACAGAUUCGAAUGUCUUACCUCUCUGUAACUUGCUGUGCUAGGGAAGAAAAGGCCACAGUUUACAAUUGUAUUAGCAUUGUAGCACCUGCUUUGUAUUUUGGACUAAAGCCCAUUAAAGACAGCUGCUCUCAA